CCGACUGGCACCGACCAGAUCUGCGAAUGGCGCGGUUUGUGGAGCCAGGCGUUCAAGCGUGGCUUGUCCUAGCAGGCGGAGUCCUUGUCCACGUCACUCUCGGGACGCUUUACACAUGGGGCAACCUCAAUGCCUACGUGGCGAGUCACAUGCGGAUGGAGGCAGAGGGGCUGGGGUGGGUGCGGAUGAAGGACACCGGGUGGGUCUUCAGCGCGCUGUUUAGUGGACAGGGCAUCGGCAUGCCCUUCGGAGGAGCCAUCGAAAAGAGAAUCGGGCCCAGAUGGUACAUACGCACAGUCUAGUCUGCACAGUCUGAGGAACAACAAGGACAGAUCAGCAGCAGCAGCACAGACACACACUCGCACACACACAGAUCUGGCCAUGCUGUCACCUGUUGUCUGCGCGUGUGUGAGUGUGUGUGUGUGUUCAGGGCGACGCUGUUCGGGUGUGUAGUGAUGAGCAUCGGUGUGUCAUUGGGUCAGCUGGCAAUCAGCUCCUACCCCGCCUUCGUCCUGACCUACGGCUUCAUCAACGGACUGGGCAUCGGCCUGGCCUACACGUCGCCCCUCGUCUGUGCGCUCAAGUGGAUGCCCAACAAGAAGGGCCUCAUCAGUGGAAUUAUCACCGCAGGUCAGUCGGCACACGCAAUGCCAUGCACUCACAUCCCUCCCUGCCAAUCAGUGCAGAUGAGAUGGUGCAGCGCUGCUGGAUGUGAUGUGUCAGGAUUUGGUGCUGGUGCUUUGGUGUUCAACCCGGUGCAGACGAUGUUUGUCAACCCCGAGGACGUGCGGCCGGACGCCGCGCCAUAUGCUGAGACCAACCCGGGCGAGCUCUACUUCAGCGACAAGGCGCUGCUCAACCGAGUCCCAAACCUCUUCACCCUCCUGGGUGAGUGAGUGAGGCACAGAGAAUACGCAAGCGGACGGAAGAGCCACCCACACACCAUUCGUCCACUCCCUUGUCUGUGUGGGGUCUGCACGCAGCGAGCUGCUACCUGGUGGUGCAGCUGAUCGGCUGUGCCUUCUUGGAGAAUCCGCCCAAGGAAUGGGCGUCUGAGAGGCUGCCCCUCACCCAGCGGGGCGACACCACAACCGGCACCUCGCUGUCAAGACCGCCCAAAGAGGCCGUACAGGAGCGGGCCUUCUGGCUCCUCUUCCUCAUGUUCUUCCUCAACGGUCUUUCGAUAGCCUUCACCGCCACGUUCUGGAAAGGCCUGGCGCCCACUGGUGUGAGUGACCGGCUGCUGAGCAGCAUCGGGUCGGUGGCUUCGCUUUGCAAUGCCGCUGGACGGGUAUUCUGGGGGGCCGCGUGCGACAGGGCCAACUUUCGACUCGCGGUGGUACGUAUGCAAGGGUGUGUCCGGCCGUGUGUGGUGGGUAUCUGUGUGUGUGUAUAUGUAUGUCAUGUCAGGUGUGUUUGAGCUGUAUCUGGGUGGUCGUGAUGUCGACCUUCGCCCUCAGCAGCACCCUGCCGGUGGCUCUGUAUGCUCUGUGGGUGUGUGCCAACUUCUUCUCACUGGGCGGCAACUUUGCGCUGUUUCCCGCCGCCACGGCCAUCUGCUUCGGGCGAGAGCACCUAGGUAGGUCAGCCAGGGAGGAGGAGCGGCUGGAGACCGGCUGACCUAUCCCUGUGUGGACUGCGCGUGUGACGUCAGGCACGAUAUAUGGGCUGAUCUUCCUGUCGCAGCUCGCCGGCUCGCAGAUGAUGGCCUUCGCUGCCCAAAACCUCUUCGCGUAAGCAAAGCUUUGACACCGACCUCCCUGCUUCAUUCAACAGGUGUGUGUCUCCUUUGCCUGUCUGUCUGUCUGUCUGUCUGUCAGUGUGUUGGGUGCGUUGGGCAUGACCAUCUGCAUGGCGGCGUGCAGUGCGGUGACGGUGGGCAUCGGGCUAGCCCUGCCGCAGCUACUGCCGGCAUACCAAGGCCUCUUCGCCACCAAAGGCGACACCAAGAAGUAGAUGGCCGAUUUCUGUGUGGCGGGUCGUCUGUGUCUUGUCAUGUGACUGUACAUACGGAGAGAGAGAGAGAGAGAGAGAGAGAGGGAGAGCAAGCAGUAGGGGCUCUAUGCAC